AUGAGAGAGGAAGAGGAGAGAUUGGAAACUGGGCCGGAAUUUUUUGCCCCUGCCGGAGGCCGGCCACCGGAUAGAAGUAAACAAAUGUUAAUCACUGAUUUCUGGAGCCUUGCUUCCAACCAUAGCUAUGCUUCAGUGGAGGAUCAUAGAGAAUUAGUGCCUAAGGAGAUCAGGCCGAAAGAGGGUGCAGCAAUGGGGGACCAACGACCUGGAGGAGAUGCUGAAGGUCGUCGUCGAUCCUAUGCUGCUGUGUCAAAGAAGGGGUUGCCAGAUGUGGAUGAUCUUCCAGAGCCUAUCCGCGCUGGGCCUCUGACUAAGGUGGUGGUACCACAAGAGGCUUAUGAAGAGAAACUUCAAACGUUCUCUUUUUCCCUGAUCGGAAGGGUAAAUUUCAGGUUCAUCUCCAUGGAUGAUAUUCGUCGUGAUUCGGCAAAGUUAUGGAACUUGAAGGGGAAGAUUAAUCUUGCUCCUCUAGGGAAGGGUUUCAUCCUCUUCCGGUUUGAGAUGGAGGGGGAUAUGUCAUCGGUAUGGAGACGAGGACCCAUUAAAGUUGGGACUCAGGUGAUUAGAUUUCAGAGAUGGAGGCCAGAAUUUAGCAUCCAUGAUAAUCACACCCAAACUAAACUAGUCUGGGUUCGUUUCCCUGAACUUCCGAUGGAGUAUUGGCAUGAAAAAAUCCUUCUGACAAUGGCCAAAGCCGCAGGGAGGCCUGUAGCAUUGGAUCGCAAAACACUAAAUGGCACCAUGGGCAACUACGCCAGAGUCCUCGUUGAGGUCGAUUUGGUCGGAGCCAGGGUGGAGGAGAUCCAAGUGGAACGAAUGAAACCUGGUACAGACAUCGUCUUCCGGUUCAAACAGAGUGUGUUGUAUGAGGACGAUCUCUCAAGAUGCACCUUAUGCAAAAAACUGGGCCAUAUGGCCAACCAAUGUCGCGAUAAGAAAGACGAAAGAAAGCCUGUUAACCAGAAUAAUGGCAUUUCUCUUGCAGAUGUUCAUGUCCAAGGUAACUUCGCCGGAGUUGGGAGAGAAGGUUCCACUGCAAAAACGGCGAGCCCCAGCUGUGUGAGGAGUCCCAGAUUGGUAGGAGAAUAUUUCUCUCCUACGGUUAUGGAAACAGUGAAUGAGGAAAUUAACGGCCUUGUGGAGGGGAACCUGGUGGUUGACUUAUACAAAGAUAGUAUCUCUAAUGAUGGAAAUACACUUUCACAGAAUUUGGGAGGACCGAAUUCUAUCAAUAAUCACUGCAGGGAGAAUCUGGAGCCAAAUAUGGUGGAUAAUCCAUUGGCUGAGGGUGAAUAUGGGUCGGACCAUAUCAAUACGGUAUCCGACGGGGAAUCUGACUCUGUGGAAAGCGAGCAGCGAAAGGAUGAUGCUAAUCCAAGGGUUGGAAACAAUUUGGAGGAACCUUUUGCAGCUUGGAACUUAAGGCCUCGACGUAAUAUUAAUUACAAUGGAGGUCAUGCUGGUCGAGGAUCAACUAAAGGUGGUAGAGGCGGUAGAGGUGAGGAAGGGGUGGUGGCUGAGCAUAUUGUAAAGGGACUUCCUCCCACCCAGCUGGAGGGAGGACGUGCUUUUGUUCAACAUCCAGAGGUUGCUGCUAUUGAUAAUGCUUUACGCGCAGAGGAGGCGGCAGCAAGGAAAGGCAAAGUUCUAGAAAAGGAGCAGACAUCCAAGUCGGCUCAUCAGACCUAUACCAAAAAGUGA